GAGACGGAACACCUGCGAAACGUCAGAUAUGAAUUCACAUGCUUUUUAGUGCUUCAGUGCUUUGUCAGAAACACGAGGAAAUAAAGAGGUGCCGACACCUGGGUGGGAGCCGGCGGCAGCAGGUCGCGCGCGAGGCCCGCUCCACAGAGCUGCUCCAGACGUCCAAACGACGAAAAGUGCGUCUGGUUUCGCGAGGUUCAUCAACAAGACGCGACCUGCAGCAUCAGCGUCGCCAACAUUUCCUGGUUCUUUCCCAGGUUUCUCCUCAAAGUCCCGCACAUUCUUCACAGAGAGAAGGGCAACAUUCUCCUGUGAUGACCAUGAAAACCAGCGAUGGCUCGAACCGGAAAGCCGAGCCACCAUUUCUUCACACCCCAAUCCAGCAGGUGGCGGUAGCGCGCCUUCGAGCUCGGUGCCGAGCGCCAGUCAAAUGCAACGCGAGGAGGAGGAGGAAGAGAAGAAGAAGAAGAAGCAGCAUCGCGUACUGACACCGUCGGCAGGGAUGUUGUGUCCGCUCCAGCAGACGCCCAGGCUCCUCUCCUGGUGCCUGUGCCUCGUUCUAAUCUUGGGUUUCACGCCGCCGGGAGUCUUCGCUAAGCGGGACAGUCUGAAAGAAGUGACUGACGGCAACUGGGAGGAGAUCCUGACCGGAGAGUGGAUGAUCGAGUUCUACGCUCCGUGGUGCCCCGCGUGCCAGCAGCUGCAGUCGGUGUGGAAGGAGUUUGCGGACUGGGGCGACGACAUGGGGGUCAACAUCGCCAAGGUGGACGUGACGGAGCAACCUGGGCUGAGCGGGCGAUUCAUCAUCACGUCCCUUCCCACCAUUUAUCACUGUAAAGAUGGCGUCUUCCGCAAGUACCAAGGAGCUCGCACCAAGGAGGACUUCCUGUCGUUCGUCGACGAGCAGAAGUGGAUGGGAGUGCAGCCGGUUUCCUCCUGGUUCGGCCCGUCGUCUUUUCUGAUGAAUGCCAUGUCUGCGCUCUUCAAGCUCUCCAUGUUCAUCCGGCGCUGCCACAGCUACAUGACGGAGCAGCUGGGGAUCCCCAACUGGGGCUCCUACGUCAUCUUCGGCCUGGUCACGCUCUUCUCCGGACUGGCCCUGGGCCUGCUCCUGGUGUUUGUUGCCGACUUCGUGUUCCCGUCGCGCCGCUUCUCCUCGGACCACCGCCACCAGAAGAAGCAGCAGACGCUGGAGCAAGCCAGGCUGAUCCAGGAGCAGGAGGACGAGGCCGACGGCGAGGAGGACGACGAUGAGGAGGACGAGGAAGACGAGGAUCAGGAUGAUGUCUGGAGGAGAAGGAGGGGGUCACCCGAGGGUCGCCCUGAACCCAAAAGGUUCCUGGACGACUCCUUGAGGAAGCGGAUGGUGGCCAGCCGUGGUGCGGUUGAUGAUGAUGACGACGACGACGAGGAAGACGCUUGAGGCACCAGUCGCCUGGACGUCGUAGAACCCUGGGGUCAGCGGGGUGGGAGGGGCCUCGCCGUUGGCUGCAGUGCAGGGAGCGAGCGAUCCCUCACCCCCUCAUGACACCCGCCUCUUCACCCCCCCUCCUGUUUUUGGCGCCACCUGGUGAAAGACUUCCGAGCAACGGCCAGGCUGGUGUUGGCAGUGCAGUCGAGCUGGAGUUUUGCUUUCUUCUGUCCUGACUAUGCAUCGUGUCCUCUGAGCUCCGCCCGGCUCCAUGUGGCUGGCUGCUCAGUGACGGCUGUGGAUGCUGCUCUCAUGAGUCUGGGGCGCUGAAGGAGCGAAACCCAGACGGAGGUGGUGGCAGACUCGUGGUUACCCAGCAACAGAAUAAACAUGUCCGGCUUGUCCCACCACCUUCACCCUGCAGCCUGGUGAGUCGCCUCCUCGACGUCUCGUGUGAUCCUCACUCUGAGCCUUCAGUCACAUUUUCAACUUGGGUCACUUGGCGACCCGUUUUUCUUUCUCACUUCGCUCCUCUGCAGACGGACCGGACUGUUUUUAAUAAACUCUUAACACAGUUGCUGAAGUCUGUUGUCGUGGAGACGGCGGAACAUCUUGGCCCUCAGAGAAGCCGUGACCCGCGUGACGUCAUAAUCCGGAGGAACCACGGCCGUCUCUCAGCGGACACGCAGCAGAGAUCACGUGUACUUCGGUCGUGCUGCGGCUAGAGGUCGCCAUUGUGUAUGUUGCGAUCACGCAGUUCCACUGACGCGUUGUUCCGUGUUCCAUGCGACGUUGGUUCUCCACUGAACACAAUCAGAUCCUCUGGUUGAUGAGGUUCCAACGCGAGGCCGUGACGGCAUCUUUGGUGCGGAGCUAAACCUGAACACACCUGUUGCUGCUCACUGAGGCCGCGCCACCUGAGGAGAAGCAGCCGUUCGGCAGCCAGGUUCCGGGCCGGUUCAGAAUGGCUCCUCACACUUUAGAACUCUCCUGAAUGAAUCCACUCACAACCUCUACACUGGGUUUCAGACAGUCCGACUGAAGCCUUUCAUGAUUAUUGCUGAACAAAGUGUGGUGUUUUUUCAUCUGUAAACGAGUUAUUGGCCAAAAAUGGCCCUCAGUGAUCCCAUUUGGCGGAUGGGUCCCCGCGUCCCUGCUACGGUUUGACUGCAAAUAUGCCUGUGUGUGUGCGCUUGUCUAGCUACACUUGUGGGGACCAACCUACUUUUGAGGACCGUUUCGUCGGUCCUAACAAGGUCAAGCUUAAGUCCAAGCGUUAAAACCUCAAACUAACUGGGUUCUAGUCUGGUUCAGGUGAGUCACGUGUCGUGAUGGCCAGGAGAGGUCCUCACAAGGCUAGAGUGGUUGGGCGUAGCGAGCAUGAAAGGCCAGCGAGGCCCCUCUGCGGGAGCCCUCCCUCUGUCCGCGGCGCUGCUCAGCGACCUGGCCCGUCGGGCUGGCUGGCGUCCGGCGCGGCGAGCUCCACAAGACCCCGCUUGUUCUCCCAGCUGCCGCCGCCCCCGCGGUCCUGU